AUUUAUAUUUUAUUUUUCUAGUCGUUCAAAUACUAUUGAAUAGUAAAUAUCUUGAUGAAAUUCAUAUAUUUUUUUUAAGUAAAAACAUUUUAAUUUCUUAUAAAUAGUUUGAGUGUCAUAAUUUUAGAUAUUAUUAAAUUUUAUAUAACCUGAGUGUUGAUUUACAAUGGCUACAAAAUCGCGAGGCGACUCACAAGUGUGUGGUGAAAAUGGUAAUUCAUCGGAUUCCCCAAGGAAACGACCUCGUGGUGUGACAAGUGCAGCAAAAGCAACUGUUGUUCUCGGAGCACAAUGGGGUGAUGAGGGUAAAGGCAAAGUGGUUGACAUGUUAGCAACUGAGGCGAAUAUUGUCUGUCGUUGUCAGGGUGGAAAUAAUGCUGGCCAUACAGUUGUUGUGGAUGGAAGUGAAUUUGAUUUUCACCUAGUUCCUUCUGGUAUUGUGAAUCCUGAAUGCAAGUCAGUUAUUGGAAAUGGUGUUGUUAUUCAUUUACCUGGUUUAUUCGAUGAAUUAAAAGCCUGCGAAAAAAAAGGUUUGACCGAUUGGAAAGAUCGAUUAUUAAUAUCGGAUCGUGCGCAUUUAGUUUUUGAUUUACAUCAAUCUGUCGAUGGUUUACAAGAAGCUGAAAAAGGUACUCAAUCAUUGGGUACCACAAAGAAAGGAAUUGGUCCAGCAUAUUCAAGUAAAGCAACCCGAAAUGGAUUACGUAUAUGUGAUUUGCUUGGUGAUUUUGAUCAAUUCACAAAUAGGUAUAAAACAUUGGUUGCUAAUUAUGGACGAAUGUUUCCGGCUCUAAAAGUAGAUGUGGAAAGUGAAUUAAAACGCUAUAAAGAGUAUGCUGAAAUUAUUCGACCUCUAGUUGUUGAAUCUGUUAGUUAUAUUUGUAAUGCAUUAAAAGACGGUAAAAAGGUUCUUGUUGAAGGAGCAAAUGCUGCGAUGUUAGAUAUAGAUUUCGGUACUUACCCGUAUGUCACAUCUAGUAAUUGCAGUAUUGGUGGUGUAUGUACAGGCCUAGGAUUACCUCCUUCAUCAAUUGGUGAUAUUAUUGGUGUCGUUAAAGCGUAUACAACCCGAGUUGGGGAUGGUCCUUUUCCCACAGAGCAAAUUAAUGAAAUUGGUCAAUCAUUACAAACCCGUGGACAUGAAAUUGGAGUAACAACGAAACGGGUACGACGUUGCGGUUGGCUUGAUAUCCAAGUAUUAUUAUUUACUUCAAUUGUUAAUGGCUACACUGCCUUAUGUUUAACAAAAUUAGAUAUAUUAGAUACUUUCAAGACAAUUAAAAUUGGUGUUUCGUAUUUGGAUUCGAAUGGAAAACGAUUAACAUAUUUCCCAGCAAGUACGGCCGAGUUAGCGAAAGUUCAAGUUGAAUAUAUGGAAUUACCUGGUUGGGAGCAAGAUAUAAGUAAUGUCCGAUCAUGGGAUGAUUUACCACAAAAUGCGAAAAAAUAUGUAGAAACAAUUGAAGAUUUACUUAAUGUUCCAGUGAAAUGGAUUGGUGUUGGAAAAGGACGAGAGUCUAUUAUACAACUUUAUUAGCAAUAAUUUUCUUUUUAAUUAAAAAAAAAUCAAAUCAAUGUACAUAAAUUAGUCAACUGUAGAGCAAUUAUUACUUAAGUAUUAAGUAAGUCGCUGCCGACUUAUACGUACAAUUUUUUUUUCUUUUAGUCUUGAAUAUAAAUAUUUCAACAAUAGAUUUUGAUCAAUGGUGCUGCGCAUUCAUCUUAUUUAACAAAAAAAAGUUAUUGUUUAGUUCUAAAACACACUGUAGUGUUUUUUUGAGUAUCAAAUCCCAAUAUGGGAAAAAA